UCCUGAUGUAAACCCCCUGCCCCCAGCCCAACCGUCCCUUCAUGUCACUUACAAUGAGUAAACCCAUUCUAAACUGCUGGCCAAAACAGAUCACCUCGGUGUGGCUCCUCCCAAUCUUCACCCUCCUCCACCUCCUACUCGCCAUCCUCAGCCUCGCCCACCUCCUCAUCCCCAAGUGCUUGCCUAGGAUCACCUCCAAGAGUUGGCACCGGAUCCUCCAUCUCCUGAUGGAGUCCUCACUCUACUUCUCCCUCCGCCACCUCAAACACCUCCUCUCCGUCGGCACCCUCUUCGCCUGCAUCGCUGCCUCUAUCGUCAUCCGAGGAGGGUGGAUGCACUCCGAGUUCAGCGCCGUCGAGCGAUACGGAAUCUUCAUCAGCUUUCUCAUCUACGUCCUGCAACUCUCCCUCCUGGUACCGCUUCCGUUUUUCAUCUUCAACUUCCUGGGCGUCGUGCUGCUCAAUGUAUUCACACAGCGUCCCAAACUCCAGCGCUCACCGCUGCUUGGUCCGUUCUUGUGUUUCCGGGUCGUCACCAAGGGACUGUACCCAGAGUUGGUCAACGAUAACGUCGAGUACAACCUAAAACUAUGUAGGAAUGUAGGUCUUCAUAAUUUUAUUUUUGAAGUAGUUACGGAUAUUCCCGUGAAUCUAAAAACAAACAAACAAGCCAGGGAGAUUUUGGUGCCGAAAGAUUAUCAAACGAAAUCCGGCUCCUUGUAUAAAGCCCGAGCUCUUCAAUAUGCAUUGGAACCGGAAGUGGAUAUUCUUAGCCCUGGAGACUGGAUUGUUCACCUCGAUGAGGAAACCCUUCUGACGGAAGAGGCGGUGAUUGGUAUCGUCAACUUCACAGGCGCCGCCGAACACUCAUUCGGUCAGGGCGUCAUCACCUACGGCCACGGCAAGAUCAUUAACUGGGUCACCACUCUGGCCGAUUCGAUACGUGUAGGAAUCGAUUACGGUUGUCUGCGCUUCAGUUUAGGCGUGCUCCACAAGCCGAUUUUUAGUUGGAAGGGAUCGUUCAUCGUCGCCGACGCCGAGGCGGAAAAGAAAAUCUCGUUCGACCACGGACCGGAAGCGUCCAUCGCCGAGGAUUGCUUCUUCGCGUGCGUGGCGUUCAGCCGAGGUUACAGCUUCGGCUUCGUCGACGGGGUCAUGCUGGAGAAAAGUACGUUCACGCUGUGUGAUUUCAUGCGGCAGCGGCGUCGCUGGAUGCAGGGCAUACUACUUACCGCGCUCAGCUCAAAAAUACCGUGGCGAUUUAAGAUCGGACCCGUUUUGAUGAGCUUCUCAAGCUGCACGCUGCCAAUCAACCUUCUAAUGAUCCCGGUCAGCUUUAUAUGGCCCAUGCCAUCGUCCCCUUUUAUCAUGCUGACCUACAACUUCAUCCUGGGAACAAUUAUAUAUCUCUUCAUUCUAGGGACACUACAGACCUUUUGUAUACAGCAAUACGGCUGGUGGCGCUGCUGUUUACUAGUUUUAGCCACUAUACUCUGUGGACUUGUGGGCGGUGUUCUAGAAAAUAUUGUGUCCAUUUUCGUUUUCUGGUUCCCUAAGUCGUCCAUAACAAAUUUUUACAUAGUAAACAAACAAGUUCCCUGUGAUUGUAUUAAGGUAGUAUAACAUCAAUACGGCAUAGUCACUUUAGAAGGGUCUUUUAAUUGUAUUCACCAUUCCACAUUAGUAUUUACUAUAAAGUAUA